UUUUGUCACGGCCAAACCAGGGCUAACCAGCCAGUACCAUUGUAUCAAUGGUUCUCAUUAGUUUGAGUCGCAGGCGAUAGUUUUGUGGCCUAUCAUCGGAUAAAGGUGUGCCUGUGUGCGUGUGUGUGUGUGAGUGUUAGUGUGUGUAUUUGAGCAGGGUCCUUGCUUUCGUUUGGUGAGGAAAUUUGGCAGAGUUGUGCAAUGGUACAUUUUGAGAGGCAGUGAGAAGGGUUAGUGUUCAGUGUUAGAGUGUGUUUUGAGUGGAUAAGUCUCCAUGUUACAUCCGUACAGAAUGGAGGGGUACCUCAUUACACCUCCAUCAGAAGAGAUGAUUUAUGAGCCUGAAAUGUAUCGACCACAGAUGGAAUAUCAAUACAUCAUAGAGGGAGAUGGUCAAGAUCAUGUAUGGGACUACAACUCCCAUCAUGUCCAUCCAAGUGACUUUGAGAACCUGACAGAGGGUCAUUUCACAGAGCUCCAGAGUGUGCUUCCUUCACAUGUGUCCGGACUCCGCAUUGGAGAAGUGGAGCCCACUCACUUUCUGGACCCCAGUCUAGCAGGACAUCCUCUGGCAAUACCACAGCAGGUGCCAUAUUACCCACGGCCAAUGUGCUACCCACAGUCCUCUCCUGUCCAGCCCAGUUCAGAUGGCGAUGAUCCAGGAAGUCGAAGUCCUCCUUUAGAGGUCUCAGAUGAGGAGGGAGUGAGGGAUAUCAUCAGUUCUACGACAGGGGGAGAGCAAGGUAACAAAAAGAAGAUCCGUCUGUACCAGUUCCUGUUGGACCUUCUCAAAAAUGGAGACAUGAAAGACAGCAUAUGGUGGGUGGAUCGCGAGAAGGGAACUUUCCAGUUCUCCUCCAAACACAAGGAAGCGCUGGCCCAUCGCUGGGGUGUACAAAAGGGCAACCGUAAGAAGAUGACAUACCAGAAGAUGGCCAGAGCACUGCGAAACUAUGGCAAGACAGGCGAGGUCAAAAAGAUCAAGAAGAAGCUCACCUAUCAAUUUAGUGGAGAAGUCCUUGGGAAAAGCCACCUAGAGAGAAAGCUGUACAUGUAAAAAAUGACAGACAGAAGUGAGAAAGAGUAACAGAGCUCAAUCAAGAAAACAAUAUAAAGUAAGAGACACGAGGGGAGAGAAAGAGAGGAAGAGAGAUAGGGAGAGAGAGAGAUGAAAAAUGAAAGAAGAAUCUCUUACUGUGUGAGAGAGAGCUUUCUUGCUUGGACUUGAAGCAUUAGGGAUAAAAGUCUGUCAUGGGGUUACCUGUUUUUUUUUCUCUACCUUUUGGCUUCCUUUUAAUAUUAUUGCUCACUCCUGCAUUAAUGCAACGAACUCUCUCUGUGAACUCUCUGAGUCCUGAGCUCCUGCUAAACUACCCCUUAAAGACAAAUUGUCCCUUAUUUAGCAAAAGGUACCUGCUGGUUGUUCCCAUAAAUUUUGUAGCAGUGAUCAAAAUAAAAAUAGAAAUGUUCAUUAUAAGCAGAGAGGGUGGGUUUGCUAAGCAAAAGCAACAGGGUUUUAAGUAUGGACAGUUGUGAACUUCCACACCAUUCACAGUGGAAAGAAAAAAAAAAUCACCAAAAUACAAAAGCAGAAGUGAAAACAAAUGACACAGCCUCAUGCAACACGGAAAAUAAAACUGUCUGGCCAACACACACA